AGGUUGAGAAUGAUUUCUUCUCCUGAUCCAAGUUGCACUAAACCAGUAUCCCGACCUAGCAGCUUUAAAUCAGCAUUAACACCUUUAAACUCGACUCCCCAAACCUCAUCUAAAGAAACUAGUCGACCUGCAACUCCUAUUUCUGGUCCUGACUCUCAUAGCACUAGCCUACUUGGCUCCAGGCACAACAGCGAUCAGAGCUCUACUCCAACCACUUCUAGAACUUAUGAUGCAACCUAUACCAGCCCUAGAAGUAUACAUGUAAAUGAAACUAGUCCUAGAUCUCAUACAAACAGUCCUAGAGCUCAAGGAACAAAUCCGUUCAUAGGCCGAACUUCUACCCCAGCAAUUCCUAGAGGUCAAACUACCAAUCUAGCUAGUCCUAGAGGUCAAACUACCAAUACAGAUAGUCCUAGACGUCAAACUACCAAUACAGAUAGUCCUAGAGGUCAAACUACCAAUACAGAUAGUCCUAGAGGUCAAACUACCAAUCCUAGAGGUCAAACUACCAGUCCAGCUAGUCCUAGAAGUCAAAAUACCAAUACAGAUAGUCCGAAAGGUCAAACUACCAAUCUAGCUAGUCCUAGAAGUCAAACUACCAAUCCUACUAGUCCUAGAGGUGAAGAUACCAAUCUAGCUAGUCCUAGAGGUCAGACUACCAAUCCAGCUAGUCCUAAAGGUCAAUCUACCAAUCAAGAUAGUCCUAGAGGUCAAGCCAAAAACCCCGCUUGUCCUAGGGGUCAGAUUACGAACACAUUCAGCCAUAUUGGCCAAACUGCAAACCCAAACAAUCCUGGUCGUCAAAAACCCGAUCCAACAAGUUCUAUGAGAAAGACUACAGAUCCAUCAAGUCUUAGAGGUCAAACUGCAAACCCAAAUACUACCAACCCAACUAGCCAUAGAGACCAAACUAUUGAGCCAACUGGUCCUAAAGGUAAAAAUACAAUCCUGACAUGUCCUGCAGGUCAGACUACGAACCCAACAAGCCUAAGAGGUCAAAUAACAUCCCCUCACAGUCCUAGAGUUCAAAAUUCUAAACCACUCAGUGAUAGAAAUCAAGCUUCUACCCCAUCUAGUCCUAGAGGCCAAUCUACAAACCCAACCGGCAAUAGAGGUCAGAAUUCAAACCCAACCAGUCCAAGGAAUCAAACUUCAGUACAACAAUAUUCCAGGGGUCACACUACAACCCUACAACACUACAAACCAAGAGUAGAAAAACUUGAACCUAGUCAAUUCAGUAGUUCGCGAUCUCAAGGAGGAAAUAAUCCGUCCUCCUCCCAUCCUCCUCUUGAGAAUAUUAUAUCGACCUCGACCCCGCACACUCCGCCUUCGUCACCAGCUAGGCCUCCUUGUCCAUUUAGUCCACUUCAUUCCGGUGGAGUACCUCAGGUUCAUAUCAACGAUGGAGGAGAAACCCCGUCCUAUCCCAGAAAACAAGGAGUCGCGAGCAUAGCGAGUGCUAGAAAGACAUCUUCUUCUCAUGGAGAAGCGUCCCAACCCCUGCAAGUUGCUGACUCCAGGUCCAUCAUGGAGCAGGGGUUCCAACCUUAUCAUUCAUCCUCAAACCAACACAAUCUUCAUCCGUUCAGUGGUGCUGAGUUUGCAGAUCAGUUUGAUAUGUACUUGUAUCAGUCCCAGCAUAUAUCUACCCCUGUACUGAGCCCCGCAGCUCCACAGUUCCUAGUUGAACUACCUUCAGAUAGUGAUUCCUCCAGAAGACAGAGUAGAGCUUCAGAUAUUUACUCGUUUUUUGAAAACUCUCCGGUAGAUGGUGCUCCAAUAUAUCUUCAACCCAGUGCUGAUAAACCUCUGGUAAGGUGCGCAUCCUUCAGUGGACCUCUGCCCCUGGAGACUAAUCUACAGCAGGAGUCCAGGAGUCCGUCCAGACCUUCAUUUCUCAAUGUGCCGCAUACAAGAACCAGGGGAAGCAGUCUACCUGACAAUAUUGCCCCUGCUCAAUUAUAUCGCCUAAGAACAUUUUCUGUAAAUGGUAAGAAGAUUGUUAACAAGGGAGAUGUUUACAAGUCCAGAAGUAAUACAAGCAUUAAUUCUUUAGGUUCAAGUGUAGAGAAUGUGGAUUGCGAAACAAGUGCAUUAAAUUCUGCAGGAUCAUCCCUUUCUGGUACUCAAAGAAGUGGAUCCUAUCUAUCUGGUAGAAGCCUAGUUGCUACUCCAAACCUCUCCCGGGGUUCAAGCUGCUCAAAUAUAUCUCCGGAGUCUAACCCUAACAAGGUCUUUAGGGUUCUCAUGUUGGGUAGCUCGGGGGUUGGUAAAUCUGCUUUAUGCUCUCAGUUCAUGUCUUCAGAUCAUAUUAAUACAUACAUCAAGAUAGAGGAUGAUAUUGAGAAGGAAGUUAGUUUAGCAGUAAACGGAGAGGAAUCCAGGAUACUAUUCAUUGAUCAUGAGUUCUAGUCCUACACGAGAUACUGCGGUUAUCCUGGUGGCAAACAAAUCUGAUCUAGUUCGGAGUAGAGUAGUCAGGACUACAGAUGGAAAAAGUUUGGCGGUUAAAUAUGAAGUAAAAUACAUUGAAACUGCUCCAGGAAUAAAUCAUAAUGUUGAUGAACUCCUGGUUGGAGCUUAUAGACAGAUCUCACUCCGACACCAAGCAGAGCAGGCCAACCUGACUCAGGGGAGGGGGAGCAAGAUGCUCGGACUGCUUGGCAAGAUGUAUGACUGGGGAGUGCCUACUAGUAGAGCAAAGAGUUGCAGUAAUCUCAAUACUUUAUAAAAAGUUUUCAAAGUCAAGAUUUUAUAAUUUAUAAUUUUAUAAUUUAUAGUUUUUAGAUUCAA